ACACACACACUGAGACCGGCAGCAGGACAGAGGGAGAGCGGGGCACCGGGGAAACAGUAACGGUAUCUGCAGACGGUAACGGAAGCAGUAACGAUGACGUGAUGUGAUGCCGCGCGGGAUCACGGUAACGUAAGAGCAGCAGCAGCAGCAGCGGAGGAGGAGGAGGAGGAGGAGGACUUGUCGAGGCUGAACCGAGGAGGAUGCAGCAGUGAUCGGUACCGGGAGCAGGGAAACACAUCCGUCGGUCCAACGGAGCGACCGCCCGCCCGCCGGCCUGUCCGGGAGCCUGGACCGAUCCGAUCUGAUGUGAAGCCGCAGGGAUGGACGGGUAGGCAGGGAGGAGGCGCGAGGAGCGGAGAGACCGACGGUACAUAACGGAGGAGGGAGCGCGAGGAGGAGGAGGAGGAGGAGGAUGAAUCCGUCGGAUGGAGGAGGAGAAGCGGGCCCGGACGGCCUGGCGACGGCAGGUUCAGGUAAAGCCGAGAGUGUUCGGGCGGUCGACGUCCUGACGGUGCUCAGAGAGAAAGUGGCCUUCGUAUCAGGUGGACGGGACAAACGUGGGGGGCCAAUCCUGACCUUCCCUGCUAGGACCAAUCACGAUCGAAUAAAGCAGGAGGACCUCAGCCGACUGGUCACUUACCUGUCGACCGUACCCAGUGAGGAUGUGCGUGCGCGUGGCUUCACCGUGGUGGUGGACAUGCGCGGCAGUAAGUGGGACAGCGUGAAGCCGGUGCUGCGGACGCUGCAGGAGUCGUUCUCCUCCAGCAUCCACACGGCGCUGCUCAUCAAACCGGACACGUUCUGGCAGAAACACAAGACCAACCUGGGCAGCGCCAAGCUCAGCUUCGAGACCAGCCUGGUGUCGGUGGAGGGUCUGUCCCGGCUCGUCGACCCCUCCCAGCUGACCUCUGACCUCGGCGGUUCACUGGAGUACGACCACGUGGAGUGGACCGAGCUGCGUCUUGGUCUGGAGGAGUUCACGGGAGCCGCCACGCAGCUGCUGGCCCAGCUCGAGCAGCUGGAGGCCGGGCUGAGCCGCAUUCCAGAGCCCCAGGACGUGGACGAGGCCCGCAAACUCCUGGAGGAACACAGCCGUCUCCGCAACACCAUCGCCACAGCGCCAAUUGACGCCCUUGAGCGAGAGGGGCGGAGUUUGCUCCAGCGCAUGCGCUUGGGCCCCUCACAAGGUGACGCCUCUAACGAGGUCGGCGGCAGCGGUGGUGGGAGCCACAGCAGCUGGCUGUCAGGCGGGGCGGACUUCCAGAGCGUGGCGCCCAAGGUCUCGUCUCUGCUGGAGCGACUGCAGGCGGCUCGCAGCCACCUGCUGCAGAGCUGGAGCGACAGGAAGCUGCACCUGGACCAGGCUCUGCAGCUGCACCUGUUUGAACAGGACGCCACCAAGAUGUCGGAGUGGAUCGCCCACAGUAAAGAGCUGUUCACGCAGAGUCUGGCGGAGGUCGGCCAGAAUCACCAGCACGCCCUCGACCUCCAGACACAGCACCAGCACUUCACCGCUAACUGCAUGAACGGCAGUGUGAACGUGGACAGCGUGGUCACCGUGGCGGCGAGGCUUGCAGAGGCCGGUCACUACGGCGCCGAGCGGAUCGCCAUGGUGUCGUCGAGGUUACAGGAAGACUGGAAGUCCCUGACCACAGCGCUGGAAGAGCGUAGCAACACGCUCGCCAUGGCAACCGGCUUCCACCAGGGGGCAGAGCAGUUUCUGCUCAAGGUGGAGGGCUGGGUUCAGGUGUGCUCUGAGGGGCCGUUGCCCUCGGCGACAGCAGAACUGGAAGCUGCGUCAAAGAAACACCAGGAGUUGAACGAGGAGAUCGCUGCGAACUACUCACAGGUCAGUGAAAGUGGUAAAGCCUUACUGGAGGUUCUCCAACGUUGCCCAGCGACAGACUCUGACAACUCUGCGACCAAACCAGACUUCACGGCCGCCACGCACGGCAUCAUGGGAGGUCUGCACCAAGUAAUGCAGGGUCACCAUGAGGUAGAGGGGGCGUGGCAGCACCGUAAACUCCGCCUCCACCAGCGCCUGCAGCUGUGCGUGUUUCAACAGGAUGUGAGACAGGUGUUGGACUGGGUGGAGCAGCACGGCGAAGUAUUCCUGAACAAACAUGGCGGCGUUGGGAAAUCUCUGCACCGAGCUCGAGCUCUGCAGAAACGUCACGACGACUUCCAGCAGGUGGCGCAGAACACUUACACUAAUGCAGAGAAGCUUCUGGAAGCAGCAGAUCAGUUGGCUCAGUCUGGAGAGUGUGAGGAGGAGGAGAUCUACCAGGCAGCUCGAGAUCUGGAGCUGCGCAUGCAGGCGUUUAUUCAGCGAGUCGAACAGAGGAAGCUGCUGCUGGAUCUCGCCGUUUCUUUCUACACACACACGAAGGAGCUCUCUGCAUGGAUGGACGGCCUCCAGAAGCAGCUCUCCUCAGAGCUCUGUGUUUGUCCCGACACUGUGGAGGCUCUGCAGACUCUCAUCAGCCAGCAGCAGCAGCAGCAGGCCAACACCCAGGAAGCUGCGAUGAGUGUCAUCAGGGAGGGAGAAGACCUCAUCCUGCAACUCAGGCCCCAGGGCAGCUCAGUGGCCCAUGUGGAGUCAGUGCUGCAGCAGCUGGAGGAGUCUCACGUUCAACUCGAGGAGCUUUUCCACCAGAGGAAGAUCCGACUGGAUGUUUACUUGCAGCUCCGUAUCCUACAGCAGUGCACGCUGGAGGUGACCGGGGAAAUAGACGCCUGGAAGCAGGACCUCCAGAAACAGUCCCAGGACUUCUCCACUGAAAAGCAAGCAUCAACGCGGCUAGCCGACGUAAACCAGGACAAGCUAGCCCUGGGCCAAUCACGAUUAGUGGAGGCCAGCCCCGAGGCGCUAACACUAGCGCAGCAGCGCAUCCACAGGCACAUGGAGCGCAGGCUGGCUAUGAACAACAUGAUCUAUGAGGUCAUCCAGCAAGGUCACGACCUUCAGCAGUACAUCACCGAGGUCCAAACAUCAGGUAUCGAGCUGUCGGAGGCCGAGGGGGGCCUCUCCUCUCAGGUGGAGGAGCUGCAGCGCCACCUGCAGGACAAACAGAAGGAGCUACAGCAGAUCGCAGAUCACACACACACACACCUGGAGCAGAACCUGCAGCUGAGACACCUGCAGAGCCAGGUCAAACAGGUGCUCGGUUGGAUCUCGGAGGGCGAGGUCAUGUUGUCGUCCUGCAUGUUGAACUCCAGCUGUUUAUCUGAAGCCGAGCAGCUGCAGAGGGAACACGAGCGCCUCCAGCAGGCAAUAGAGGCGCUGCUCCACGCUGACUCCCUGCAGAGGACGCAUCAGGUGGCUCUGGCUCUGCAGCAGAGAGCAGAGCUGCUCGUCAGGUCAGGUCACUAUGAUCCGGACGCAGUGAGGUCUUGUGCACAGACGGUGGCGCUGCACUGGCAGACGCUGAUGCUCAGGAUCGAGGACCGACUCAAACUAGUCAACGCCUCCGCGGCUUUCUACAGGACGUCCCAGCAGGUGUGUGGGGUGCUUGAGAGUCUGGAGCAGGAGUACCGUCGGGAGGAGGACUGGUGUGGAGGAGGAGAGCGGCAACCGGAGCUGCUGCUGCCGCUCGUCAAUAAACACAUGGAGCAGAAGGAGGCGUUCCUAAAGGCCUGCACGCUGGCCAGACGAAAUGCUGAGGUUUUCCUUAAGUACAUCCAUCGCAACAGCGUCACCAUGGCGAACAUAUCUGGCCACAGCGUCACCGUCUCCGGGGUUACCGAGGUCACCGGGCACUCCAGGGUACCGGAGCAACAGGUCAAAGGUAUACUCAGUGAGCUGCUGCAGAGAGAAAACAGAGUCCUUCAUUUCUGGACGUUGAAGAAGCGUCGACUGGAUCAGUGCCAGCAGUAUCUGAUGUUCCAGAGCCACACCCAGCAGGCUCUGGAUUGGCUGCAGCAGUCAGGUGACCACUACCUCACCACGCACACGUCGCCGGGGGCAAAUAUGGCCGAGACUCAAGAACUGUUGAACCAACACAGAGAGUUCUGUGUUUCUGCCAAGCACACCCAGGAGAAGGUUCACCUGCUGAUCCAGCUGGCUGAGAGCAUGCUGGCUAAAGGCCACGCCCACCGCAAUGAGCUCCGCCGCUGCGUCUCCACCGUCGACAAGCGUUACCGCGACUUCACCUUCAGGAUGGGACAGUACCGCCACCUGCUGGAGACGGCGCUAGGAGGCUGCUCACAGAACAAUAAGGACCUGGAGCUGGAGCUGAUCCCCAACAGUCUGUCUGACUCCGACCCCGAGGUCAACCUGUCCGACCCCAGCCACCAGGUCAGCGACGAGAAGAGACGCUCCGCUCGCAAGAAAGAGUACAUCAUGGCAGAGCUCCUUCAGACAGAGAGAGUUUAUGUCAGAGAUCUGCAGGAGUGUAUUGAGACGUACCUGUGGGAGAUGACGAGCGGCUCAGAGGACGUCCCGUCUGGUCUCAACAACAAGGACGACAUCGUGUUCGGAAACAUCCAGGACAUCUACGAGUUCCACAACAGUAUUUUCCUGAAGGAGUUGGAAAACUACGAACAGCUUCCUGAAGACGUUGGCCACUGCUUUGUUACAUGGGCCGAUAAGUUCCACAUGUACGUGACGUACUGCAGAAACAAACCUGACUCCAGUCUACUCAUCCAACAACAGGGCGCGGGAUUCUUUGAGGAGGUCCAGCGGCGACAUGGUCUGACCAACUCCAUCUCCUCAUCUCUCAUCAAACCAGUUCAGAGAAUCACCAAAUACCAGCUGCUCCUCAAGGAGUUGUUGGCGUGCUGCGAGGAGGGGAAAGGCGAGAUCAAAGAAGGCCUGGAUGUGAUGCUGAGCGUCCCGAAGAGAGCCAAUGAUGCUAUGCAUGUUAGCAUGUUGGAAGGUCUGGAGGAGGGUCUGGAGGUCCAGGGUGAGCUCCUCCUCCAGGACUCCUUCCCGGUCUGGGAGCCGAAGUCUCUGAUCAGGAAGGGACGCGACCGACAUCUCUUCCUGUUCGAGCUGUCGCUCAUCUUCAGCAAGGAAAUCAAGGACUCGUCUGGACGAACCAAAUACCUGUACAAGAGCAGACUGAGGACCUCGGAGCUCGGUGUGACAGAGCACAUCGAGGGCGACCCCUGUAAGUUUGCUCUGUGGGUCGGACGAACGCCGACGUCCGACAACAAGACGGUGCUGAAAGCGUCGUCGCUGGAGCUGAAGCAGGAGUGGGUCCGCAGUAUCCGACAGGUGAUCCAGGAGAGGCGGGGCCACCUGCGGGGGGCGCUGAGGGAGCCCAUCCCCCUCCCCAAGACACCCAACCCCACCCUGGGGCGACAGCGCAGCAUCACCCGCAGGGAGACGAGCGAGGACGCCGACAGUCUGGGUGAUGCCAGCAGUCAGCCCGACACUGUGUCCAUCGCCUCCCGAACAUCGCAAAACACCGCUGACAGCGACAAGCUGUCUGGAGGCUGUGAGUUAGUGGUGGUGUUGUUGGAUUUCUCCUCCGGCGGACCAGGGGAGCUCAGCGUUCGCUGUGGUCUGACCGUGGAGCUGGUGGAGCGCUCGGCCGAGAGACCCGGCUGGUGUCUGGUCAGAACGACGGAUCAAACACCCCAGCAGGAGGGUUUGCUGCCGAUGAGUGCCCUCUGCCUGUCGCACUCCCACAGUGGAGCCGACAUGGAGGGGCUCAUCCCGGCCUCCACCACCUCCUGCAGCACCUCCUCUACCUGCACCACCACUUCGUCCUCUUGCAACUCCUCCACCGCCACCUCCUCCUCCAACUCCUCGUCCACCGUGAGCGCCGGGAAGGACUCGGGUCUCUACAGCUCUGAAGGUUCAGGUCUUCACACUCAGACGACCAGUGCCACCUCCCCCACAGUGUACGGAAUGGGCGGGGCUCCAGGGGGUGCCGUAGGCUCUCCAGGGCCCAAACGUAGCGGCUCUGGAACCGGAAACACCCUGAAGCGUUGGCUGACCAGUCCGGUUCGGAGGCUGAGUCAGGGUAAAGCUGAUGGACAGAAGAAACCGCCAAUCAGAACCAGGAGGCGGGACAACAGACCGGAGCUGACAACACCCCUCACUGGAAAUGCUCAGACGAAGGCGAGGAAGGAGGAGGCGGGCCACAGUGGAGGGGAGGAGGAGCCAGAGGAAGAAAGUCACACCCCUCUACCACCUCCCAUGCAGAUCAUCAAAGACCCAAACAACCCCGAGGCUCUGGAUUCAGAUCAAGGCUCCAACGAAUCUGACACCGAGCAGAGAAACAAAGCUCUGAGAGGACGAAUGUUUGUGGUGAACGAGAUGGUCCAAUCAGAGAAGGACUAUGUGAAGGACCUGGGUGUGAUCGUCGAGGGCUUCAUGUCCAGGUUGGAGGUCAGAGGGAUUCCUGAGGACAUGAGAGGAAAAGACAAAAUCGUCUUCGGCAACAUCCAGCAGAUCUACGACUGGCACCGCGAUUUCUUCCUGAUUGAGUUGGAGCGCUGCGUUCAGAAUCACGACCUGCUGGCCGACCUCUUCAUCAGACACGAGCGUCGUCUGCACAUGUAUGUGGUUUACUGUCAGAACAAGCCGAGGUCAGAGUUCAUCGUCAUCGAGUACGAGAACUUCUUCGAGGAGAUCCAGCAUGAGAUCAGCUGCAGGAUGUCGAUCAGCGAUUAUCUGAUCAAACCCAUCCAGAGAAUCACAAAGUACCAGCUGUUGCUCAAGGAUUUUCUCAAGUACACGUCCAAAGCCGGACUGGACUGCGAGGAGAUCGAGAAAGCAGUGGAGCUGAUGUCAAUGGUUCCAAAGCGCUGCAACGACAUGAUGAACCUGGGACGCCUGCAGGGAUACGAGGGGAAGCUGAUGUCUCAGGGGAAGCUCCUGCAGCAGGAAACCUUCUGUGUCUGGGAGCAGGACGGAGGCGUGUUGUCUCGCAGUAAAGAGCGCAGGGUUUUCCUGUUCGAGCAGAUCGUCAUCUUCAGCGAACUUCUGCGGAAAGGCUCCAACAACCCUGGAUAUCAGUUCAAGAACAGCAUCAAGGUGAGUUACCUGGCGAUGCAGGACAGUGUGGACGGCGAACCCUGUAAGUUCGUCUUGUGGUCUCGUGGCUCGGCUGAGCGCUUCACCCUGCAGGCGUCCUCCGCCAGCAUCAAGAUGACCUGGGUGGAGACCAUCGGCGCGCUGCUGGACGCCCAGAACAACUUUCUGUCUGCUCUUCAGUCUCCCAUUGAGUACCAGAGGAAGGAGGGCGGGAUCUCUGUGACCCGCCCACUGUCAUCGGGGCGGCCGCCGUCAGCCCCGCCCACACCCACGCCCAACGGCCACGCGACUCAGCCUCCACUUGACAGUGAGCAGGACGACCAGGAGCUGGUUCUGGUGCUGCAAGACUUCGCGGCGGUGCGUGAGGACGAAAUCUCUGUGUUCCGGGGGGAAAAGGUUCAGAUUCUGGCGUCCAACCAGCAGGGUCAGAGUCUGGUUUACCGGCCGGCCAACAGCGACUCGCCGGCCGCUGAGGGCUGGGUGCCACGGAGCGUGCUCAACACACACUGACA